AUGGCUGCCGCCGGCGCCGGCCUGACCGAGGUUGGAAGCGAAGCGGACAACACUGCCAUCACCUUCUCGCUCAAGGACGAGGAUCACACACUUGGCAAUGCUCUGCGGUACAUCCUGAACAAGGACCCUCGUGUGGCAUUUUGUGGCUACAGCGUCCCCCAUCCUUCAGAGCAAAGGGUGAACGUCCGUGUGCAGACUACUGGCGAAUCUGCCAGAACAGUCUUCAAAAGCGCACUGAGCGAUCUUGCGGUCCUGUGCAACCACGUGAAGGCCGCCUUUGAAAAGGCUGUGGAGGAGCAUAAGGCAGAGCAAGGAGUGGAGCCAAUUGAAGUGGAUGAGGAGUCAGACUGA